CGGAGCGGGGAGAGGAGGCAGCGGGCACCAUGGUCGAGAGGCCACAGUCCGCAGGUGGCGCCGUGUGCGCAGCCGCCUACCCCGACGCCCCCGCGGAGUUCCCCCCGCACCUCCAGGCCGGCGCGAUGCGGCGCCGCUUCUGGGGCGUGUUCAACUGCCUGUGCGCCGGCGCCUUCGGGGCCCUGGCCGCCGCCGCCGCCAAGCUGGCCUUCGGCAGCGAGGGGAACAUGGUCUUCUGCAUCGUAGGCAUUGUCGUGAUGGCCACCACCAAUUCUCUCAUGUGGACGUUCUUUAGCCGGGGCCUCAGUUUCUCCAUGUCUUCGGCCAUCGCGUCUGUCACGGUGACUUUCUCAAACAUCCUCAGCUCGGCCUUCCUGGGCUUUGUGCUGUACGGGGAGUGCCAGGAGGUCUUGUGGUGGGGAGGCGUGUUCCUCAUCCUGUGCGGACUCAGCCUGAUCCACAGGAAGCUGCCGCCGAUUGAGAAGGCCCCGCCACACAAGCAACAGUAACAUCGGGUGGCCGGCCGGACCAGCCGCAGAGACAGCGUGAUGGCCUGGGGAACAGGCUGGCGCACAGGGACCGCUUCCCCUGGUGAUCUGGGCCUGCAGCCAUCUGAGUGGCAGCCAGAGGAAGGCGCCCCCAGGAGGCAGGCCCCUGACCCAGCAGCCCGGAGGGUGGCCAGCCGGAGCUUCUGGAAUGGGAAGGACAAUCACAGUUGCGUUCUGCCUGGAGCCUUCUCUGAUGCCCACACCGCGCUUCUGGUUCUCAUGCUCCUCGGCCCGCGCAGUGCUCCUGGGCAGAGGCUGGAGACCCUGGGCUUGGUCUGCUCGGCACCUGGACUUGAGACCACACUGCAAUUGAGGUCCUGUUGCGUAACAUUGGACUCCGUGCCUGUGGAGCUUUCCGAUGGCUCCACGCCGACCUAUCAGGACAUCUGUGUCCUCCCUGCACGGCAAGGGAAGGAAAACUGGAUUAAUAAACACUUUUUUGUGUCAGUUAAAA